AUGCCUGCCGUGGCCCCCGGACCAGACGCGCCAGGCGCUGAGGCCCUGCAAGUCCUCUGGCAUGGCCUGGCCCAAGCGCCUGACCCAAGCGCCUGGUCCUGGUCCAGGCACCAGACAUGCAUGCGGGCUUCCACAUUCGCAACCAACAUCGUCCAUCAAUUCCUCAUCUUCACUCCUCCAUCGUUCUUCAACGUCCCCCUUCCCCUGCAAGCUGCAAGCAGAAAUGUGGAGAAUUCAUACAAGAUGACGGCCUCCUCGUGGCGUCCGGCCUUGGGAGCUGCAGCGCGUGCUUGGUGCGUUGGUGUUGGUGGCGGCCAUCGACCGACUCGUGCUACCGCGGCUCGUACUCGUGUGUCGUGA